GUCCUGGGCCGGGCCGGGCCUGUCAGCGUCGAGCUUGCUGAGGUGCUCCUCGCGGGAGGCUGUGGACAUGCCGCUGGCCUGGAGCGGGACAGAGUUCUCCUGACAGGAUGACAGGAAAAAGCCCGAAUUUUAAUUUCCAGCUCCCAGCUGUUGUGCAGCCUACAGUGGAUAGCAAUGUAUACCCAUUUGGGAAUGGUAUCAGUUCUGACAGUGAUGUGUUGGAAGAUGAAGUGGAGAUCUAUGAACUGCGUCCCAGGGGAAAGGAGAAAGUUCGAAGAAGCACAUCAAGAGAAAGGAUGGAUGAUAUUGUAUUCAUAACCAGGGAUAUACAGGAAGGAGACACAUUAAAUGCAAUAGCUCUUCAGUAUUGUUGUUCAGUAGCUGAUAUCAAAAGGGUGAACAACCUCAUCACAGACCAGGACUUCUUUGCACUGCGAGCUAUUAAAAUUCCAGUGAAAAAGUUUAGCCUAUUGACUGAGACACACAGUUUUCCCAAAAGCAGGCAAGUUUUGAGAACUGUCUCUUCUUCAUUGUCUGCAGAACUCUCAGACACACCACUGGCUGCUGAGCCAUUUUCCUCUACUGAGACAGCUGGUAACUUCUUGAAAGAAGUAGAUCGUGACAUAGAACAAAUAGUGAAGUGUAAUGCUACAAAGAGAGAGAAUCUUAAUGAAGUUGUUUCUGCCUUAACAACCCAACAAUCAAACUUUGAGCCAGAUGGUAACCACAUCAAGCGGAAAGAUCCUUAUUAUGGUGCAGACUGGGGAAUAGGAUGGUGGACAGCAGUUGUAAUAAUGGUAAUGGUGGGUAUAAUAACACCUGUUUUUUAUCUUUUAUACUAUGAAAUUUUAGUUAAAGUGGAUGUCAGUCACCAUUCUACAGUGGAAUAUUCAUCUGUUACAACACCAUCUCAGUCAAAACCACUAGAAAAUGGAGUAAAUCGUUUUUCAUGAAAAUCAAGUAAAAUUUUUGCAUGCUAAAGGUCUGGGCAUCCAUUCAACAUAUUCUGUGAAGAACCAACAACAACAGGUCCUGCAUGGAGUUGGAAAGUAACUACAUGUGAUGGCAUUUAAAAGGAGGGCAUUUGUUAUGAUUCAACAUGUAUGAAAGAAGUUGCCCUUCAGUAGAAUGGUCAAGUCAGCAUGUUGAUAAAUUAAAGACGUAGUGCAUGGAUCUGCCACAAUAAUGGGAGACCAGCAGCUGUGAUCCAAGUGAAUAGGACAGAAUCCAGUUUAAAUGAAAGUACUUUGUUAGCAUACAUUUAAACAAGCUCUUUGUUUUCUGGAAAAAAUAUUAUUUAGUUUGGAUGUGUUGUCAGUGUGAAAGUUUAGUUAUAAAGAGAAAAAAAAGUUAUCUUCCAUCAUGAGCUAAUCCUGGAAUUAGAAAUAGUUGUUUUUCAGAUGGGCUGAAGAACAGUUUGCUGUGUUGGUGAUCUAAGAGUCUAGUUGUGCAAAGAUAUAUAGAGUAUUAUAUCAUGAAAAAGAUCAUAGGACUAACUGCACUUUGUAUGAAAAUGUCCUUUUACAAAAAAACACCUUUGGGAAUGGGACAACUUCAAGCAGAGAUACAGGGAAAGCGUAUGUUUAAGCCUUUCCCCUCUUAAUUUUAUUUCCCUGUCUUUCAUGCCUCCUGUUUUCCAUUAAUGUUGUUGUGUUCCAAAUGCAUAUUCAGAAGGACAGCUGUGUGUGCACCUGUGCACUCACAAUUUGGAACAAAGAAGAUGCAGAGUCCUUCCUCCCUCCCCAUUUAUUUUUUCUUUUAAAAACCAAAAGGCAUACAGUCCUGUGGAUAACAUGCAAUUAACACUCUAGCUUAUUGGUCAGCUGAACUAAAAAUCUUGCCUUUUGAAGACAUCUAUAUCCUUUCACUAAAAUUUCCCUUUUAAAUAGUUAUAACUAUAAAACUGAUUGUAAAAUUGCUAGCCUAUAAAAUUGCUUAUUAAGACCUUAAUAUCCCAGCUCUGCCUCUGCUUUUGGGGGUAGGGUAGGAGGGUAGUAUAACUGUGUUUGAGCCUUGCUACUGAAGAUGAGCAACACAAACUUAUGGACAAGACAGCAAACUAAUCACAUUGUUAACUUAGUAUUAUGUACCAAAAUAUGAUCUUGAGAUUUAUUAAAGCUCAAGAGCCUGCGCCUUAUUUCUAUAAUAUAAUAAAGACAUUGUAUUUUGUGAAUGAAUAGAACACCCAUGAAAGAAAAGGUCUUUCUGAAUUAUCAGCAUCUGUUUCUAUUAAAGACAAUUAAAUAUUUUGUGUGUACAAACAGAAUUGGCAGUAACAAUAUGAAACUAAGUAGCCUGUACUGACUUUCCUUCACAUGUGCUGCUGCAUGUAUUGCUCUUUUCCGAAGUAUUCUGUUGCAGUCUUAAACACUCACUUACUAUGUGAUGAGCCUUUACUUUGGAAAGGUUACAAAAACCUUACAAAGUUACAGAAAAAUUGAGAAUUUCACUGUGAAUUCUAUGGAAAGCUAAUAACACCUUGAAACACCCAGCAGUUCAGUCAUAAGUAUAAGCAAGUAAACCCCAUUUAUUUUAAUGCUACUACAACUUGCAUAAGUUUGUUUAGGACUGCAAAACUGAGUGUUAGGAAGUUUAUUCAAAAUGGAGAAAAAAAUAGGAUCAGGAUAUCAGAGUUGUAAUAGGAUAUGUUGAUCAGUCAGCCAGCUCUUAAUUUGUGUAUUCAAUCAUAUUUGUUUAUUUUAAAGAACAUUGCCACAAAUGUUCUUUACAUAGUAAAAUAUUUUAUAAUGUCUGAAAUUUAUAAAAUGUUUUUGGGUAAAAUAUCUUUUCUGGAAUUAAAAUGCUAAAAGAAAAGUACAAAUAAAAUAUAUAUUUUUAAUUCAGCUUAGAGUGAUGAAUUAACAGUCUAAAUUCCACAGUGCUUAGUCUAUUAAUAUUUGUUAAUGUGCUUUAUGUGUAUUCUGUACUUUCUAAAGGAGAGGAAUCCUAAGACUAUUUCAGGUAUACCAAAGUGUUUAGAUAUGUGUGUUUUAAGAGAAGCUCUCCUAAAAACCUCAAAUGACUUUUGAAAUCCUUCUAUGUUGCAAGAGUGGAUUGUCCUGUAAUAGCCUUUUUGAGUAAGACCUUUCCAAGUCUAAAAUGAGAUGUACAGAACUAAUUGGCUGGUUCUUUGGAUUCUAUCUUCAACUGUAUUGUCAGUGACUGGCUAUAAAUUUGCCAAAGAGAACUAGCCAUUACUAUUUGCAAAAGUACAAUUCAGAAGGCAGUUUAUCUUAAAUAAAAAACAUUCAAGCAUUGUUAA